AUGGCUCGGGGGAGCAGUGCCGCUCCGGGUGCUGCGCUGCUCCCCACCUGCACGAGGAGCAAGAACGCCUGGAGAAUGUGGGAGAGCUUCCUGGGCAUCUGCAUGCAGCUGCGAGACGUGCAGGGCUGCGUCCAGGCCAUGAGGCGCCUGGUUGACCUGGAUCAGGCUGGCCGCAUCCAAGAGAGGAUCCUGGGGCUGCUCACCUCGGUCGUCGUGGGCGACGUGGACGGCCUCUACGACUCGCGCACAGGCGGCGCGUUUGCCAAGAUGCUGACGGACUUCUUGCGACACCUGACGUCAAAGAUCUCCUCUCAGCCUUGCUACUGGCGCUUCUUGGCGGAACUCCAGGACGCCCACGGGAAUCCAGCGGAUGCGGUCGACAGUCGCCUGAAGCAGGUGCGAGCCGCUCAGGCGAAGAUGUGGGAGGAGCGGGACCCGGCCCUCUUCGCGACGCAGCUCGAGGACUUCAAGGAGUGCCUGCUGCUGAUCGACAAGGGCCUCGCGGAGCCGUGCCCCCCCGAGCUGGCGCGCCACCUGCACCCCUUCGCCUACUGCACCCGCGAGGUGCGGCAGCGCCUCACGGCGCGGCGCGACUCGGGCGACUGGCGCGCCGCGUGGGCCCCGGCGCUGGAGAGCAUCGCUGCGCUGGCGGACCGGCUCGAGGCCCGCGUGUCCAUCCCGGAAGGCAAGGGCACGGAGGAGGAGUAG